CUCCCAUUCUCUCUCCCCUUCCCCCUCUCUCUCCCCUCGUCCACCCGGAACCUCCCCCCAUUCCCCGCUCCCUCGCCUACCCACCUCCACCGCCGGGAGUCCCAUUCCCCUCCACCUUGCCCGCCGCCGGAUCCCACCGCUUCUCGCCGCCGCCUCCAGUUCGACCUCCGAAUCGCCGGAUCCCAUCGGGGGUCCCGACUGCCGCAGCUUCCGCCGCCGGGGAGGUCCGUCCGGCGCUGCGCUCCCGGCCACCGACCCGACCCUUGCUGAGUUCUGCAGAAGCUGCUCACAGUUGAAACUUGGAAGGCAGCUGAGUCUAUGGUAUUUGCGGGUCAUUGUGCUAUCGAUGCGAGCAGAGAGCAUGCGUGGCAGCUGUGCUUCGGGUGAUGCACCUGACCAGAGAAGCUGCCGAUGCAUUCGGUGUGGUGACAAUUGCACUGUUUGCGCUCUUUCUUGCUCUGGGCCUAUUCUGCAUCUUCCAGUCCAUCUACUUCCGGUUUCGGAUUCGAAAAGGGACCUUCCUCCCACUUGGGUACUUUAACGGUCCAUGGGUGACUCGCAUUGCUCUGAUUCUGAUCACCAUUUGGUGGGGAGUAGGAGAAAUUGUGAGAUUGAGUUUCUUGAAGAGAAAGCUGUUCUCCAGCUUAGGAUGGCAGCAGAUCGUAUGUGACGCCUACAUUCUGUCCAAUCUGGGGUUUGCAGAACCAAGCAUCUUCCUUGCAUUUGCUUUCCUCCUGCAUGGCUCAUUACAGAAGAGGGAGCUGGGCACUUUGAACCAGAGAUGGAACUGGAAGACCAUGGGAUACAUGUUGGUUUUCUGUGUUCCGGUGUUCUCCGUUCAGGCCCUUCUUGUGUUUGUUGGGCCUAUAUUCGUUAAAGACGAGAACAAUACGCAUGGAAGGAGAAAGAUUGCUAAAUACUUCAUUCGGACGUCCAUGCCAGUUGGGGACACCAAUGUUUGCACCUAUCCAUUGUUUGGCACCAUUUUUCUCGGACUUGUAGAUGCCAUCCUGAUGAGUUAUGUCUCCUAUGUUGGAUCUCGGGUGUUAUCCUUGGUCAUCAACAAGGCGCUGCGAAGGAGGGUUUCCUUGCUGAUAAUGUCGGUGCUUUUCUUUCUUCCUAUCAGGGUGCUUCUUCUUGGGUUUUCAGUCCUUCCGCAGCCUGGAGAUGUAGCCUUUGAGGUCAUUGUUUUCUUGUCAUUCUUGAUGAUGCUAUCCUGCACAACUGUUGGGGUACUCUUGCUGGUAUACUAUCCUGUAGCGGAUUCAUUGGCUCUUCGAGAGAUAGGCCACAGGGAAAUAUCAGAGAUGGUGCCUUAUGAUGAUUACUACUAUGAAGGCACAUCGCUUGUAGCCAAUCAGAGCUUCCGAGAAACUGAGCGGAACUCUGACACAUCAACAAAGCGUGGCUCCAUAUCCUUCCGCACAAUGAUCAGGGAAGACCAACUUCCACAGGACGGUAUAGAUGAAAUCGGCUUCUCCUCUCGCAGCGGCGUCCAGAUUGGAUCAUCCUCACCUUCAGGUUCUUCUCCAAGUGCUGCAAUGCCCAUGCUACCUCUCAAGGAAGUUCCUAGAUACUAAAUAGUUUUCACCGGUGGCUUUUUAAGCUGGUUGCAUUUCUGUAUGCCAAUAUGAUUGUAUUUCAAAAAUCGUAUGCAACUUGCUGAAGCCCUAGACAAUGUAUCACAGUAAUAGUUUUGUUCUAGAGAAAGAUCAGCAUAGUGUUGUUUUCUUACUGUAAGUGUUUGGGAGCUGUCUAUUCACCGGUUAGCUGUUUUUUUAAUUAUAAAAAAGUAAGUUUUAAAGAUUUUGACAA